UCACUCAUUCACACAGCAGCCUGUUGCCUAGCAGUCAGUCUGGUGGUAUAAGUGUGCUCUAAACGGGCUAUCCUGCGUGUUUUGGGGAGGUGGGGCGGUGUUGGACUGGAAUGAGAGAUUUGGGGAGGGAUGAUCUGACCGCUCCGCUCAUGUGACAGUCUGAUACGGUGAUGGAAGUAUCUCGUGCGGUUGACUUGGACCGGCGGGAAGAAACAGCUUUCGGAGUCCACAUUUAGGAUUCCGAGGAUAUAACGCAGAUAAUCAUGUUAUGCUACAGGAGUCUUUGAUCGUUUUUCAUCAUAUUAUUAUAAGAGAACCAUGAGCACUGUGGAGGAGGAGCCGGAUCACAUGAUACCAUGAAGAGAAGUCUGCAGGUCCUGUCCCACCAGCUGCUGAGUGUUCUACUGAUUCUGUUUGUGCCAGUUGGGCUGGUGUUCUCCGCAGAGGAACUUCAUCCCAGCCAAACCCCUCGGGACCUUGUCUCCAUGUCGAUGAGCAGCAAAAACCUCGCCACACUAUCACCAGGGCCCUUGAGCUGGCAACAGAGUUCCAGCAGUGGCAAUCUACACAACCAGGCACUGGCUUCUCUUGCAGCUAUCCAUAGAAGCUCUGUUGUCCACCCACUCCAGACACCGAAGACCACUGUAUCUUCUGAUGUAGUUCAGACUAUUUCCACAACAGAGCAUAUAACUGCAGCUGGGGCCAAUGAGGCCUAUUCUAUUCCAACACUUGCUUUUGGACCCAAGGAUCAGACACCAUCUCUAAUGCCUCUUUCAGCAGAGAGAACUGAUGUUCCUACUAAACUUACUUCUGGAAGGAAGUCCAACAGAACUAGCUCUGUUCAAAUCCAGAACUUUAGCACUAAUACCGAUAAGCAGAGUACAAUCAAUAGAAAGCCAGUAGACAGUAUCAAGCCCUCUGGUUUGAUCAGUAGAACUCAGAUCAAUGCUACUGGAUUGGACAGUACAAACCAGGCCACAAAUUUUGGCUCUGGACAUUAUUUUCUCUCAGGGACUGAAAGUGAUGUGACCCUUGGCAUUGAGGGCCACCAGGAAAUAAAGCAAGCAGAGUUUCCAGGGAUCACUGGAGACAUGGGUGUGUUGAAGCCCACUGACCCCCUUCAACAUCCAUCAUCCCUUUUAUCGUCAUCAUUUUCAUUGGCCAAAACCCAGAAAGGGCAAAACGAGUUGGCUCCACACCACAUCAUCACGUUGCGUGAUGUACCUUCACCUGAGAACCCUACGAUCCCUUUGGAAACAAUUGGAGAGGCAUUGCCACAAACUGAAAAUCAGUCUGUUCCCCUAGCUUUAGCCCACAUGUCCAACCACAGCACGACAUCUGAUCCCACUUCUUUAGUUGAGAACAGAAGCUCUGUAGAAAACGAAGUGGAUGCCGCAGUUGCUGGCAAUGGAACCACUAGCAUGACCACUGAUUCUUUUCUCUCCUUGACUAAAGUCUCAGACGUUACAAACAGCACAGAUGCCUCGUGGCCUGCAGUAAAUGAUUUAGACAUCUCUGAGGCUCCCUCCACAGCUAGCGGGAGCUUCAUGAACAGACAGGUCCCAGCCACCACACAGAGCCCAUGGGGGCCCGGAAACCAGUCGGGUCCUGCACUGGUUCCUCCACACAAAAAAAACACCAUCUGCCUGGACAAAAUGGACAUUGUGUGGCUGGUUCUUGCCAUUAGCGUGCCUGUAUCCUCAUGCUCUGUGCUUCUUACCGUUUGCUGUAUGAGGAAAAAGAAGAAGUCUUCUACUCAGGAGAACAACUUGAGCUACUGGAACGACGCCAUCACGAUGGACUACUUCACUCGCCAUGCUGUGGAGCUCCCCCGCGAGAUACAAUCACUGGAGGCUGAGGAACAAGAGACAUAUCUGCCCCCUAACGGUGACUACAGCGACAGCGGCGUGGUUCUGGUUAACCCUUUCUGCCAAGAGACUCUCUUUAUCAACAGAGACAAGGCUUCUGACAUCUAGACAGACUGUGUGGCCACACUAAUUACAUCAUCAGUUGGAGACAAAAUCCCUUAUCUUCGCUUGUAUUUUUUAAGAAUAUAUAGGAGCUAUAAGAAUAUAUAAAAGAGCAAAUGCUAUUUACAAUGAGGGAGAGCCCCUGCAUAUUUUUCUGAUGUGGAUUUUCUACAGACGCUUAAUUGUGAUAAGGGUUUUUAUGUCUUUUUGAAAAAAAAAAACAGUGAGCUUGGUUUCUCUUAUGUCCCAGUGGCUUUGGUGGUGCACAGAGUGCUGAAAAAUACAAUGUGUGCUGUAAGAAUGUUUGUUUGACCUGAAACACUUAAAACAAUUACUUUAAAAAGCCUGCCAGACUUGAAUUCUGUAUAAAAGGGGAUUGUAAUGGUGGCGCAAACAAAUUUAGUGAAUCCCUGAAUCCUUGAAAGAGCAUUGGUUCUGGAAUGGGUCCAGCUGUUUACCGCGGUAACCCUUGCUUCACUCCCAGAGAACAUUACGUAGAUUGCUUAUUUGCAUUUGAUGCAGGAUGUGUCAUGAUAUAUAGAAAUUCCAAGAUGGUUUCCCUCAGUUAAGUCACCAGCCAGAAGACUGAAAUGAAAAUGUCCCAUUCAUUAGAUGUUCCAAGAUGUUUGUGUGUGCGUAUGUCUUGCUGCAUGCAUCUUCUCUGAUUUGAGGUGUAUGUGUGUCUUUAGACUAGAUAUCAAAUGGGGUUUCAUUUACAUCAAUAUAAUUUGGUUGUUAAAACACUUCCUCACUCAACAAUUGCACAAACAAGUAGAACAAAUGCUUAAAUGCCAAUGAAAUGCCUACAUACAAAGCUCUUUGUAUGGUAAUGUUACUGUGCUCUACAUUUCUCAAUAUAUCUGUUCAUUUGUUUGCAGGGCUAAGCGUUGUGAUUAAACAUUUAUAUUUGUUUAUUCGAUAAGUCAUGCUCUGAACAAAAUGGCACUACUAUUGCUUCACGGGUUGGCUUAAAUAUAUAUUUUGUCAGAUGUGUUUUUUAGUGAAGGCUGAAUGAGUGUGCUUUUGGUUCUGUAUGUCUCUGUCCUCGUGUGAGCAUUGAAGUAUGCUGUUUUAAGAGAAUAAAUGAGACCAAAAGGAAUUCCUUAUAUUUAUCUUUAAUUCUCCAGUGCUUACUGCGGUAUUGUACAGUUUUUUGAGGAAUGUAGUGUGUACGUGUUAGAUAUAAAUGACAAAGACGUACAGAGAAACUAUUUUAUUUUGAUCUUCAUGCCACUGAGUUCGGUAACAUACUGUACUUUUAAGUUCAUAUUAUCACCCUUUCUUUACAUAUCACAUUUUGUCUGUGCUUAGCAGAAUUUAAUUGUUUUUUAAUUGUGAAUUCAAAUGCAUUUGUAGACGUUUUCCUUUUUUCUGUUGCCGUCCAUUUAAAAAAAAGAAAUUUUAUGUGUGUGCUGUCAUGAGUUUUAAAUGUGUAAGGAGAGGGAGAUAAUAGUUCAGUUGCUCUCAUAUAUUAUGAAUCAUGUCUAAUCUUUUGUAGCACAUCAACUGUACUUUCUACUGCUGAGCAAUAAAAAUAAAAAGCUUUGAAGGCUUCUUCUGUCUGUAACUGAUGUGAUCUAUCUAAAAAUAUAUUAAUAUUAUUAUGACCAAGCAUUUAUUCCAAUGUUUUGUUUAGCCUGAACAAACUUCCAUACAUG